AUGUACAGAAUCAGUUCUGUGAAAAGUGAAACCAAUUUGGAACGUUUACCGGCAGAUGAAUGUGUUCAACCAAAACGUCUCUCGUGUCCAAAAGAGUUUGAAUACGUCAAAAACCAGGACAACGUAAAUACGAUAUCAUUGGCCGUCGGAAAUACACAGAUAAAACAAGAAACAAAUGAUGAAAGCAAAAACAGUUUGAAUGUGAGUGAAAUUGCGAUUGUCCUGGAAAAAAAUGGUUCUCUUCAUGCUCCAUCUGGCGCGAAGUCUCCGAUAUCCAGCACAACGGCAUUCACACUGAAAGGUUUCCUUCCGAAUGCGGACAAACGUGGGGACAGUACGCAGGGCACUAACACCGUCACAAAUAAUGCCUCUACAAAAUUUGCGAAAAAAUGGAAAUGGUUGCUGAAAAAGUAUCGACAUCACAAAUUUCAAGGACCGGAACCAAAACCCGUUCCUGGUUCACAAACAGUUCCGUUGUCCGGCAAACCUCCACCUGGAAUUAUUCAAGAAAACACGUCUCACACACAUGAAACCGAAGUCAAACAGCGCAAAGCAUCGGUAAGUUGA